AUGUCUUCCUCCACCGACCUCCCGAUUCCCACCGACAACGCGGAAAUCUCCGCAGAACCUCCCCCUCCUUCUGAUUCCCCCGAUACCACUGCUCCGGAAUCAGCAACAGCAGCCGCUGCUACCGACCCACAAGGCGCCACCAAGCUCUCCAAAAACGCCCGCAAGCGCCAAUUGAAAGCCAAGCGCUGGGAAGAGACCCGCGAAGCCUGGAAAGCUGCCAAGCGCGAGAAGAAGAAAGCACGUAAGGCCGCGGAGCGUGCGAAGGCCAGAGCUGCCGCUGAAAAAGUGCGAGAAGACGGGAAGGAAUUGGGGAAGCAGGGGGAUAGUGUGAGUAGUGAUGGGAAUAAAAACAAUUGCUCCAUGAACAGGAGGAGGCCGGUGUUAGAGCCUAUCACCUUGAUUAUGGAUUGCGGGUUUGAUGAAUUGAUGAGCGAUAAGGUAUUCAUCCCCUUCUACUUCGGUCUGCCUCUCGUGCAGGGAGACAACUAUCUAGCGACGGAGAAUCAAACAGAAUUGAGAGACUAAUGGAACGAUCCCGCUCUAGGAGAUAAAAUCCCUCUCCAGCCAACUGACCCGCACAUAUAGCAUAAACCGCACAUCCCCGCACCAGGUAACCCUCCACCUAGCAAGCCUAAACAAGCGCCUCCUAACGCGCUACCAAACCGUCCUCUCGAACCAGCACCUUCGCUGGAAGAAUGUCAUUGUGUCCUCAGAACCGUACGAGGUGGCCCCAGACCUGGUGUACCUAACGGCCGACUCACCCAACACCAUCACUAAGCUCGAGAACGGGAAGAAGUAUAUUGUCGGCGCUAUCGUUGACAAGAAUCGGUACAAGGGCCUCUGCUACAAGAAGGCAGUGGAACAGGGGGUCGCGACAGCGAAGUUGCCGAUUGGGGAGUACGUUAGCAUGGCGAGUAGGUUUGUCCUGACGACGAACCAGGUCGUGGAAAUUAUGAUCCGCUGGUUGAGGUGCAGGGAUUGGGAGAGAGCGUUUUUGGAGGUUAUUCCUAGGAGGAAGAUGCCUGUUGCUAAGGGUGGGGGUGAGGAGGGUGAGGACGGGGAAGGGGAGGGGGGGCAGGAAGGGGAGUCUGUGGGGGAUGAAUGGAUGCCUGUUGAAGAUGGGUACAACUCACCACCGCUGGCGAACAGCCUCGCCGGAGCAGAGGAUCAGGUUGGUGGAAUAGAGGAUGUUAUGCUCAUUGAUGGUGAGCCGAAUUCACAGCAGAAGAACGCAACCUUUGGGCGGGCUCUAGGGGCGGUGGGUGAGCCU